ACAGGCACGCACCUUCUUCGCAGGCGGAAGGCACCCGCAGCCGACUUCGUCCUUUUCCGGAGAGCAAUCAGCCGCCGCAGAAUUUCCUUGUGGACUGCGAGGGUCAGUAUCUGCUGCAGUACGACGGCAGACCUAGAAGCAGGUACGGCGUAGCCGUCGACAGACUGGCUGCUUCAUCUCCCCCUCGCGCCUUGCAUCGACCGUCGCCGCCAUGAGCUCCAAAAAGUAUGCCUUCCUCCCGAUGGACGACGGCGAGGUCGGCCCUGAAAAGGUCACCAAGGAGAAGAAACACAAGCACCGGCCCCGCGACCGCGACCGAGAACGAGAACGAGAACGAGAUAGAGACGACAAAUCUUCCCGUUCGUCAAGGCCGAGGCGCGACCGUUCGCGCUCGAGAUCUCCCCGCUCGUCCUCCCAUCGCCACGACAGCGGCCGCUCGAAAGGUUUCCGGCGGCGCGAUGCAGAAGCGGACUUUGACGACCGCUGGGGUGACGAGCAACCGCCCUCGGACGAACCGGAAGCUCGGGACGAUGACGACCCCCCCGACUUUGAAGAGUCGGCCAGCAAGAGAGUCAAGCUGAGCCACGACGAGCCUCGGGAUGAGGACCUGUCAGACGGCGCCAAGGAGGAGCUUGCGCGUCAGAAAGACAUCGAAGAGCGGGAGGCAUUUGCGAAGCGACUCAGGGAAAAGGACGAGGGGCGAUCAAAGAAGAACCACCGCGACGGCGAGGCGUCGUCGAGACAGCGGCUGGCCGACGAUGCCAAGGCCAGGGACGCGGCGCUGCCUGACCUUCGAGAGCGCUCUCGGCAAGAAUACCUCAAGAAGCGCGAGACGGAACGUCUGGCCUUGUUACGCAAGCAGGUCGCCGAGGAGACGGCCGAGCUGCGCAGCGGCAUGCGCCUGUCCGAAAAGGAAAAGGCAGAGUUUGCCAAGAACCGCGAGAUCCUGCGGCUGGCCGAAGAGCGACUCAAGAUUGACGAUCACCGGGAUGGCUAUGUGAUGCCCGAAGACUACAUCACAGAAAAGGGAAAGCUGGAUCGGAAAAAGAAGGAGGAGGCGUUGUACAAGCGAUACGUCGAUCGCGACGAGUAUGGCCAGGAAAAGUUCGUCACAGAGCACGAGGAGUGGGAGCGGGAGCAGACGGCCAAGGCCAAGGCCCAGGUCAAGAUUGCGGAGAGGGUCAACGAAACCUACGACUACGUCUUGGAUGAUGCGCAGUACAUUCAGUGGAACCUUGACUCGAAGCUCGCCGGCGAGGGCAAGAACCUGGCCAAAACCAAGGAGCAAAUGUUCCUCGAUGCGCAGAUCGAGGCCGCUGAGAAGAAGGCGCUGUCCAUCCAGGAGACGCGCAAGAGUCUGCCCAUCUACCAGUACCGCGACCAGUUCCUGGAAGCCCUGGAACAGUAUCAGAUCUUGGUCAUCGUCGGCGAGACCGGUAGCGGUAAGACGACACAGCUGCCGCAGUACCUGCACGAGGCGGGAUAUACAAAGAAAGGCCUGAAGGUCGGCUGCACGCAGCCGCGACGAGUCGCCGCCAUGAGUGUUGCCGCCCGCGUGGCCGACGAGGUGGGCGUCAAGGUGGGUAACGAGGUCGGCUACUCGAUCCGUUUCGAGGACAACACGAGCGACAAGACGGUCCUCAAGUACAUGACGGACGGUAUGUUACUUCGAGAGUUCAUGACGGAGCCGAAUCUCGCGGGCUACUCGGCGCUCAUGAUCGACGAGGCGCACGAGCGGACGGUCCACACUGACAUUCUCCUGGCCCUGGUCAAGGAUCUCGCGCGCGAGAGGCCGGACCUCAAACUGCUCAUUUCGUCUGCGACCAUGAAUGCUACCAAGUUUUCCGAGUACUUUGAUGACGCGCCCAUCUUCAACAUCCCUGGUCGACGUUACCCCGUCGACAUAUACUACACCCCGGCGCCGGAGGCCAACUACCUGGCGGCCGCCAUCACGACCACCUUCCAGAUCCACACAACACAGGGCAAGGGUGACAUUCUCAUUUUCCUUACUGGCCAAGACGAGAUUGAGGCGGCCGAGUUGGAGAUUUCCGAGACGGCGCGGAAGCUAGCUGGCCGCAUCAAGGAGCUUGUCAUCUGCCCCAUCUACGCCAACCUUCCGUCUGAAUUACAAGCAAAGAUUUUCGAGCCAACCCCUGACGGUGCUCGCAAGGUCGUGCUCGCGACCAACAUUGCCGAGACGAGUUUGACAAUCGACGGCAUCGUCUACGUCAUUGAUCCCGGCUACGUCAAGGAGAACAUCUAUAACCCGGCAACGGGCAUGUCGAACCUCGUCGCGGUGCCUUGCUCGCGUGCCUCAGCCAACCAGCGCAGCGGUCGCGCCGGGCGUGUCGGGCCCGGAAAGUGCUUCCGUCUGUACACCAAGUUCGCCUACAUGAACGAGAUGGAUGAGUCGACGACGCCCGAGAUCCAGCGGACCAACCUGAACGGCGUGGUGCUGCAGCUCAAGUCGCUCGGCAUCAACGAGCUGCUCGACUUUGAGUUCAUGGACCCGCCGCCGACGGAGGCGCUCAUCGGCGCGCUGAAUCAGCUCUUUGCGCUGCAGGCACUGAACCACAAGGGCGAGAUGACCAAGCUCGGCCGCCAGAUGGCCGAGUUCCCGACGGACCCGAUGCUGGCCAAGGCGGUGCUGGCGGCGGACAAGGAAGGUUGCGUGGACGAGGUGCUGUCCAUUGUGUCGAUGCUGGGUGAGGCGUCGGCGCUCUUCUUCCGGCCCAAGGACAAGAAGAUUCACGCCGACAGCGCGCGCAACCGCUUUACGGUCAAGGAUGGCGGCGACCACGUUUCGCUCUUGAACGUCUGGAACCAGUGGGUCGACAGCGACUUCUCGCCGGUGUGGGCGCGGGAAAACUUUCUGCAACAGCGGUCCCUCACGCGCGCGCGCGAUGUGCGCGAUCAGCUGGCCAAGCUCUGCGAGCGCGUCGAGGUGGCGCCGUCGAGCUGCGGCGCAUCCAACCUGCGGCCCAUCAAGCGCGCCAUCACGGCGGGCUUCUUCCCCAACGCGGCGCGGCUGCAGAAGAGCGGCGACGGCUAUCGCACCGUCAAGAACAACACGAGCGUGUGGAUCCACCCGAGCAGCGUCCUCAUGUCGGUCGACCCGCCCGAGAAGAUGGUGGUGUACUUUGAGCUGGUGCAGACGACCAAGGAGUACAUGCGUAGCGUGAUGCCCAUCGAGGCGCGCUGGCUGGCGGAGCUGGCGCCACACUUUCACAAACAAAAGGACAUUGAAGCCAUGGAGGACAAGAAGAUGCCCAAGCAGAGGUGAUACCAAGCCGGGAAAUGCAUUGGAUCACGUAAAGACGCACAAGAAGUAGCUGCGGAUGGAUUUGACACAUACUGGAGUCAUGGGGAACGAGGAAUGGCCCCCUGUCAUGAUGAUAUUCGAGGUUUACCCUACCAAAUAUAAUGGCUAUGCCGGGCUGCUGGACUCGGUCUGCUCGGGCUCCCACCUA